GGAGCCGGGAGGAAGAAGGCAUCGGCGGUGGCAGCAGCGGCUGCUCUUGCCGGCUCGGGCUGUACAGCCCGCGGAGAUAACCGGCCCGCGGAACCUCGUCCCCCCGGGAAGCCCCGGGCCCCUGCCCUAUGUCCCGCAAGGCGAGCGAGAAUGUGGAGUACACGCUGCGGAGCCUGAGCAGCCUCAUGGGCGAGCGGCGCAGGAAGCAGCAGGAGCCGGACGCGGCGAGCACGGCCGGGGAGCGCAGCCUCUUGGCGGCCGCGGAGUCGAGCGCCAGCCUGCACAGCGGCGCGGGCGCGGGCGGCAGCGUCGGGGACCUGGAGCGCGCGGCACGGCGGCAGUUCCAGCAGGACGAGACCCCAGCCUUCGUGUACGUGGUGGCCGUCUUCUCCGCGCUGGGCGGCUUCCUGUUCGGCUAUGACACCGGGGUGGUGUCGGGGGCCAUGCUGCUGCUCAAGCGGCAGCUAAGCCUGGACGCGCUGUGGCAGGAGCUGCUUGUGUCCAGCACCGUGGGGGCGGCCGCCGUCUCAGCGCUGGCCGGCGGGGUCCUCAACGGCGUCUUUGGCCGCCGUGCCGCCAUCCUCCUGGCCAGUGCCCUCUUCACCGCCGGCUCUGCGGUAUUGGCCGCGGCGAACAACAAGGAGACGCUGCUGGCGGGCCGCCUGGUCGUGGGACUCGGCAUCGGCAUUGCUUCUAUGACAGUGCCAGUGUACAUUGCCGAGGUCUCACCACCCAAUUUAAGGGGCAGAUUAGUCACCAUUAAUACCCUCUUCAUCACAGGAGGGCAAUUCUUUGCAAGCAUUGUUGAUGGAGCCUUCAGUUAUCUGCGAAAGGAUGGAUGGAGGUACAUGUUGGGACUUGCAGCAAUUCCAGCAGUUAUACAGUUUUUUGGCUUUCUUUUUUUACCUGAAAGCCCUCGCUGGCUCAUUCAGAAAGGACAGACUCAGAAGGCCCGUAGAAUUUUGUCUCAGAUGCGUGGUAACCAGACCAUUGAUGAGGAAUAUGAUAGCAUCAAAAACAACAUUGAAGAAGAGGAAAAAGAGGUUGGCUCAGCUGGACCUGUUAUCUGCAGAAUGCUGACUUAUCCCCCCACUCGCCGAGCUUUAAUUGUGGGUUGUGGCCUCCAAAUGUUCCAACAGCUAUCAGGCAUUAACACCAUCAUGUACUACAGUGCAACUAUUCUGCAGAUGUCUGGUGUUGAAGACGAUAGACUUGCAAUAUGGCUGGCUUCUGUUACAGCCUUCACAAAUUUCAUUUUCACACUCGUGGGAGUCUGGCUUGUUGAGAGAGUGGGCCGCAGAAUGCUUACCCUUGGUAGUUUAGCAGGUACUACAGUCGCACUCAUUAUUCUUGCUUUGGGAUUUCUGCUAUCAGCCCAGGUUUCCCCACUCAUCACUUUUAAACCAGUUUCUCCUUCAGGUCAAAACACUACUUGCGUGAGAUACAGUUACUGUAAUGAAUGUAUGUUGGAUCCUAACUGCGGUUUCUGCUACAAGAUGAACAAAUCAACUGUCAUUGACUCCUCCUGUGUUCCAGUUAAUAAAGCAUCAACAAAUGAGGCAGCCUGGGGCAGGUGUGCAAAUGAAACUAAAUUCAAAACGGAAGAAGUAUUUUGGGCUUACAAUUUCUGUCCUACUCCAUAUUCAUGGACUGCACUUCUGGGCCUUAUUUUAUAUCUUGUUUUCUUCGCACCUGGAAUGGGACCAAUGCCUUGGACUGUGAAUUCUGAAAUAUAUCCCCUUUGGGCAAGAAGUACAGGAAAUGCGUGUUCAUCUGGAAUAAAUUGGAUUUUCAAUGUUCUGGUUUCACUGACAUUUUUACACACAGCAGAGUAUCUUACAUACUAUGGAGCCUUCUUCCUCUAUGCUGGACUUGCUGCUGUUGGACUAUUUUUCAUCUAUGGCUGUCUUCCUGAGACCAAAGGGAAAAAACUAGAAGAAAUUGAAUCACUCUUUGACAACAGGCUAUGUACAUGUGGCACUUCAGAUUCUGAUGAGGGGAGAUAUAUUGAAUAUAUUCGGGUAAAAGGAAGUAACUAUCAUCUUUCUGACAAUGAUGCUUCUGAUAUAGAAUAAUGUUCAGCUGCUGAUAUAUUUAGUUAUUUAAACAAACUUGGGGGAAGAGCAGCAAUCGGUGACCUCACUGCCCUGCUUCUAAUCUGGUUCCUUCCACAGUCUGGUUUUGAAUGACUUCGUAUUCUAGAAUACUUGAUUAGGAAGAGGGUACAAUCAUGGUAAUAUUUUUUUUCCCCACAGGCAGAAGUGUAAAAAAAUAUUUAUAGAGAUUUUAAUCUAAUAAUUCUUGAACAAUUGUGUGUAAUUCCUUCCUGAGAUAGUCUAAAAUGAAUAUUGUACCCAGUGACUUCGGUGGUAUCCUUUUUACCCAAGACCAUAUUAUAAUUCUUAGUGGCAAUAGAGUCGGUACUAAACUAGCCGAAUUAGGUAUGUAUGACAUACUUAUAAAGAAAGAUUCUUGGCCAUGGUCCAAGGAUGUUUUAUGUGCAAACAUGGCCUACUGACUCUAAAUUUUCCUAAGGAGAAGUAUCCUAUCUGUGAACAGCUGUGGAAAGUAAAUUCCAUUUACGUUUUUGUCAACACAUUUAAAAAUACCUUCUAUAAGGAUACAGCUGUCCUUAUCUCCUUUGGAUUUCACAUUUUGGUUUCUAUCUUCAGUUCAGACAUUGAGAGUUCAGAGACUGAUUCUGUACAUGGUCUUUUGAACUUUGUCAUAAGCAGGUCUUUUAGGGGUUAUUUUCAUACUUGUGUUUUAUCAAUGGUAAGUGCUAGCAAGUGUUGAUAAGUAUAUUUCAUUGCCAGAAAGUGAGAAACAAAAAGUUUUUAUGGAUCCCUGAUUGAUACUUAGGUACACAGUUGUAAACACAAAAUAGCUCCAGAUUUUCAGCUGUACUUCAGGGCCAGUUUUUGUUCACGCCAAAAUCACCUAGUAAUCAC